AUGUACCGAGGAACAGUUCUUCCCCAGUGUCGAAAAUUGCGUGAUAUGAUCGAUGUCUUCUCAUACAGUCAGACCAAUGAUGUCAUAGUUGAUCUUCUGUGCCUGCACGAUCAGUUUGGGAUGGUCAGUGAGGCAGCUCUGAUUGUUUUCCGGAAAAUCAUGCAAAAUCAAAGCCUUGUCACUGAGUUUGUUCUCCUGGGGAUUUCACAGAAUUCAGAUGUUCAGAAAAUUGCAUGUGUUAUAUUUCUUUUUGCCUACAUUGCAACUAUCUGUGGCAACCUGCUGAUUGUGGCAGCCAUCAUCAGCAAUCCAGCGCUCGUGGGCUCCCCAAUGUACUUCUUCCUGGUUUUUCUAUCAUUCCUGGAUGCAUGUUUCAUCUCAGUGAAUGCCCCUAAAAUGAUCAUAGACUGUCUCUAUGAGAAGAAAACCAUCUCCUAUGGAGGUUGUAUGAUGCAGAUAUUUUCUCAACACAUGUUUUCUGGAGCAGAGGUGAUUGUCCUCACAUCCAUGGCCUAUGACAGGUAUGUGGCCAUCUGCAAACCCUUGCACUACACUUCUAUCAUGAACCCAAGGCUCUGUGGCAUUCUGAUUGGAGUAGCCUGGGCAGGGGGUUUUCUGCAUUCCAUUAUACAGCUUCUCUUUACUUUACAACUUCCAUUCUGUGGUCCCAAUGUUAUUGAUCACUUUAUUUGUGAAAUGUAUCCCUUACUGGAGCUUGCCUGCACUGAUACUUAUGCCUUUGGCCUUAUGAUAGUGGCCAACAGUGGAUUCUUUUGCAUCCUAAUCUUCUUCAUGUUGCUUGUGUCCUAUAGUGUCAUCUUAUUCUCCCUGAGAAACCACAGCGCUGAAGGACAGAGGAAAGCCCUCUCCACCUGUGGGUCUCAUAUUGCUGUUGUGGUUUUGUUCUUUAUUCCAUGUAUAUUUGAAUAUGCACGGCCUCCAGUUUCUUAUUCCAUUGACAAAAUUGUGGUAAUAUUCAACACUAUCCUAACACCUUUACUCAAUCCUUUGAUUUAUGCUUUCAGAAAUAAGGAGGUGAAAAGUGCCAUAAGGAAACUGUGCAGCCGGUUUAUGAUUGUUUCUGUUGAAAACUAA